GGGAGACGAAGAAACGCACCCGGAAAUUAUCUCAGGUAUAAAACUGCGGCGCCGGGACGGACACAGCAUUCUGUCUCUGCAGUCAGACCUCAAAGCAUCAUGUACAAGCUGGUUGUCUUCGCCGCCCUGGUCGCCGUGGCCGCCGCCGGAGUGUUGAUUCCCGCACCCCAAACCCUGGCCUACAGCUCUCCUGCCCUUUCGAUCCACCCGUCACCUCUGCUGCGCAGCGCUCCGAUUGCCCACAUCGCCGCCCCCCUGGCCUACUCGCCGUCCAUCCUGCGCUCGAGCACCGCCUGGGGCAACGCCGCCUGGGCCCCCGGAGUGACCUACGCCUCCGCCAUCCACGCCGCGCCCGCCCUCUACCUGUAAGCAGUAGCAGUAGCAGCAGCAGCAACCCCCGGAUCGAAGCCAGCAGCCGUAGUUUUUAAGGCCUCCAGACGUAGCCGAGAUUUGGCGUUUUAAACGCUAGUCCUCGGAGUUCGUUUGGUGACGAACCGACGACCACUUGUCCAACUGGUGCAGUGUCUGAUUUGCGUAUGCGGAACCAAAAAUCGCAAACGUUCAUCUGACGACUAAUUUUUUUUUAUAAAUUUGUAAAUUUGUAUACCGACUACUUGCUCAAUUAGUCUGAUGUACAUUUUGACCAAAAAUAAAUUUUUAUCGAAUGUUACACAGUCAAA